AUGCUACUGCGGCCGCGGCGGCCGCCCCCGCCCGAGCCGCCAUCGCCCGCCAGCCCGGACCCCGAGCCGCGGCUGGCGGGGGGCGCCCCGGCGACGCCGCCCCGGAGAGCCGCCUCACCCGGCGCGCUGGCGCCCCCCGCGCCCCCCGGCUCGCCCGCGUCCCCCGGCUCGCCCGUGUCGCCGGGCUCGGCUCAGCGCACGCCCUGGAGUGCGCGCGAGACGGAGCUGCUGCUCGGCACGCUGCUGCAGCCCGCCGUGUGGCGCGCGCUCCUGCUGGACCGCCGCCGGGCGCUGCCCACCUACCGCCGCGUGUCGGCCGCGCUGGCCCGCCAGCAGGUGCGGCGCACCCCCGCGCAGUGCCGCCGCCGCUACAAGUUCCUCAAGGACAAGGUCCGCGACGCGCACGGCCAGCCGCCCGGGCCCUUCGACGCGCAGAUCCGCCAGCUUAUGGGCCUCCUCGGCGACAACGGGCGCAGGCGCGGACGCCGCCGCUCCCCUGGGCCCGGACGACCCCCGCGCGGCCGCCGGCCUGCCUCCGCCGCGCCCGCCGAGCCGGGCGCCGCGCCGCUGCCCGCGUCCCGAGAGCUCGACUCGGAUCCCGCGUGGACGCUCAGGUUCAGCCCGUCCCCGCCCAAGUCUGCGGACGCGCCGCACGCCCCCGGCUCCCCGACGGCCCCCUGCACCUUCACGCCUGCGCCUGGCCGCCCCGAAGAGCCCGAGUCCUUCCGCGCCCCCGGCUCCCCGCCACCGCCGUCCCCGGGCCCCGCCCGGGAAGACCCCGACUCGCCGCCCGGCCGCCCGGAGGACCACGCGCCCCAGCAGCCCGCGCCGCCGUCGCUGAACGCCGCCCUCCUGCAGACCCUGGGGCACCUCGGCGACAUCGUGUCCAUCCUGGGCCCGCUGCGUGACCAGCUGCUGACGCUGAACCAGCACGUGGAGCAGCUGCGCGGCUCCUUCGACCAGACCGUGUCCCUGGCCGUGGGCUUCAUCCUGGGCAGCGCCGCGGCCGAGCGAGGUGUCCUAGCCGACCCGCGCCCGUGA